AUGGGGAAAGGUUUCUUCAUCAGUAAACCUGUCGGAGUAGUGGCGAUCAUCCUGGGUGCAGGGGCCUUGGCUACGAUCAUAGCUCUGUCUGUUGUUUACGCACAGGAAAAGGCAAAAAAUAAUGAGGUCACCCCUGGAACAACAACAACCAAACCCCCUGUCACGACACCUGCCCCGUCCAAUGAACCCUGGGACAAAUAUCGGCUGCCCAAGAACCUGGUGCCAGACCACUAUAACGUCACCCUGCACCCGCGACUGACUCAAGAUGAAACAACUAAACUCUUCAUCUUCACUGGUGUGUCCAGUGUGGAGUUUGUGUGCACUGAGGAGACGGACCUGAUUCUCAUCCACUCCAAUAAGUUGAACUACACUAAGUUGGAGAAUGGCUUCCUUGCGAGGCUCACCUCAGCUAGCGGGGCCAAAGUUCCCACAAUCAAGUCUUCCUGGCACCAGACUGUGACUCAGUAUCUGGUCGUGCAGCUGGAUGGUAAACUGAUGAAGGACCAGAGGUAUCAUCUCUACACUGAGUUUACUGGAGAGCUGGCUGAUGACCUGGGAGGCUUCUACAGGAGUGAAUACAAGGAGGAUGGAAAGACAAGGGUUGUUGCUACGACUCAGAUGCAGCCGACAGAUGCCAGGAAGGCUUUCCCCUGUUUUGACGAGCCAGCUAUGAAAGCUGUUUUCCACAUCACGCUGAAGCACGACAAAGGAACUGUAGCCCUGUCCAAUGGCGAGGUAAAAGAAACAAGCACUGAUGAACGUAAUCUGCAGACGACAGUUUUUGAGCCAACUGAGAAGAUGUCCACCUACCUGUUGGCGUUCAUCGUCUGCGACUUUGCCUCUAUCAAUAGCACCACUGAUGACGUCUUGAUCCGUAUCUUUGCCCGGAAGUCUGCUAUUAAUGCUGGUCAAGGAGUGUACGCCCUCAACAAAACCGGACCCAUCCUGAAGUUCUUCCAGGAGUAUUACAAUUACAGAUACCCUCUGCCCAAGUCUGAUCAGAUAGCUCUGCCAGACUUUAAUGCUGGAGCCAUGGAGAACUGGGGUCUGAUCACGUACAGAGAGACAGCGCUGCUCUACGACAAGACGUUCUCCUCCAACUCCAACAAGCAGAGGAUUGCCACCAUCAUCGCUCAUGAACUGGCUCACAUGUGGUUUGGUAAUCUGGUGACCCUGAAGUGGUGGAACGACUUGUGGCUUAAUGAAGGUUUUGCUUCAUAUGUGGAGUACCUGGGAGCAGACCACGCUGAACCAGACUGGAAUGUGAAAGACCUCAUCGUGCUCAGUGACGUCCACAGGGUGUUUGCCGUCGAUGCCCUGGCCUCCUCUCACCCUCUGUCCUCUAAAGAGGAGGACAUACAGAAACCAGAACAGAUCAGCGAGCUGUUUGAUGCCAUCUCAUACAGCAAGGGAGCGUCUGUUCUGAGGAUGUUGUCAAAUUUCCUCACUGAGGAAGUCUUCACAAGUGGACUCAGGACCUACCUGGCUAAAUUUGCAUUUGGGAACACCGUCUACACAGACCUGUGGGAUCAUCUGCAGAUGGCUGCUGUGGCUAAUGAGUCUGAUCUUCCUGACACUGUCCAUAACAUCAUGAACACCUGGGUGCUGCAGAUGGGCUUUCCUGUGGUUACUAUAAAUACCACAACUGGGACCGUAUCCCAGAAGCACUUUCUCUUGGAUCCAGACUCGAUUGUCACCACUGAAUCUCCCUUUAACUAUCAAUGGGUCGUUCCAAUCCAGUGGAUGAAGACUAAAGUUCCCCAGGGACUGAAAUGGCUAAAGAUUAAAUCAGACACAAUUAAUGAAAUGAAGGCAACACAAAGUGACUGGGUGCUGGCCAAUCUGGACGUGGUGGGUUACUACAGAGUCAACUAUGACCAGGCCAACUGGGACAAACUCCUUAAUGCUCUGAGGACCAAUCAUAAGGAUAUUCCGGUGAUCAACAGAGCUCAGCUGAUUGAUGAUGCCUUUAACAUGGCCAGAGCAAAGAUCGUUCCUACUGAACUGGCCCUCGAAACCACCACGUACCUGAACAUGGAGAGAGACUAUAUGCCCUGGGAGUCGGCCCUCAACAACCUGGACUUCUUCUACCUCAUGUUUGACCGCAGUGAGGUUUAUGGUCCCAUGCAGGCUUAUCUGAGGAAACAGGUCAAACCUCUGUUUCUACACUUUAAGAACAUAACUGACAACUGGACUGACGUACCUGAUGGACACAUGGACCAGUACAAUCAGGUGAAUGCUAUCAGCCUGGCUUGCAGGACAGGUGUCGAGGAAUGUCAAAAUCUGACCAAGACAUGGUUCAAACAGUGGAUGGACACGGACGAAAACCAGAUCAACCCCAACCUGCGCUCCACUGUGUACUGUAACGCCAUCGCAGCAGGCGGUGCUGAUGAGUGGGAGUUUGCCUGGUCGCAAUUCCUAAACACCACCAUCGCCAGUGAAGCCGAAAAACUCCGCUCUGCCCUGGCGUGCACGAAGCAGCCCUGGCUGCUCAACAGGUACCUGGAGUAUACUCUGGAUCCAGACUUGAUCCGAAAGCAGGAUGCCACCUCCACCAUUGUCUACAUUGCCAACAACGUGGUUGGUCAGCCUCUGGCGUGGGACUUCGUCCGGGCUCGGUGGUCGUACAUUUUCACUCAGUAUGGUGGUGGAUCUUUCUCCUUCUCCAACCUCAUCAACGGAGUCACCAAACGCUUCUCCACUGCAUUUGAGCUUCAGCAGCUGAAGCAGUUUAAGGAGGACAACUCUGAGGUGGGUUUCGGCUCGGGGACUCUGGCGGUGGAUCAGUCCAUUGAGAGAACCACCAGCAACAUCAAAUGGAUCGCAGAGAACCAGGAGAACGUUCUGAAAUGGUUCGACGAUAACAAGCCUAAGUACUAAUACUGGUUAUUUGUGCUUCAUGCAAUUUAAGAGGUUUCUUUUUUUCCAUCAAAAAUGCUUGGAGGAGGAGUUUUCACACUUCAAUGAAAAGCAGAUUUACUCUAGCUCCUCUUCUGUAAGGACGUACCCAAAUCCGCUCACAUUAUUCGGGAAAGCACAGAUAACGUGAUGGAAACUGAUAUUACUUCUUUUAUUCUUUUUUGUACAUCGCUUCAGGAACUCUUUUAUUUCAAGAGUUUUCUAGAUAUUUAAGAAAUUUCCUCUCCUGACACAAAGUAAUUUAUGUCAAAACUGAAUUGUUAUUGAACAUUAUAUUUUUUUUAUUUAUUGUUCAAACUGGAUUUUUUUUCUGGACGUGACAGAAUAUUUAAACAUCACAAGUCAAGCUGAGCUAAUGUUUAUAUUCAGCUUCAACCUUUGAUUUGACAGAAUCAGAGAUGAUCUUCUGUUUCUUUGGCUCCAUGUAGCAAACAUAGCUGUGGUUAUACAUAAUGUCUCCAGAAAAUCUCAUUCGCUUUACAGCUAAUUCACAUCAACCAUGUACAAUUUUAUAAACUGGAUAUAUGUAAAUAUGUGCACCUUUAAAAAUGAAAUGCUACAUCUCCUGUGUCCACAGAAUUUUGCUGUGAAUUUAAAAGCACAAUUUAAAAGAAAGAUCAUUUUAGAGACAACGAUUUCCAUUCUGUGCGGACGCUGGAUAUUUUUUAAUAUUUGAUUGUACUCUAU